AUGCGUACCGCAGCUCUUGCAAGCGCCCUCUGGGCCACUUAUGCACUUGCUCGCCCUCAAGUCGCUGGCGAAUUCUUCACUGGCACCGUGGGCAACACCACUAUCGCUGGUGACAAUCAUGGCCCUGAUGCAAAUGGCAAAUACGUGAUUUAUGGGGAGAACAUUCGCGCAAACUUCAUUCCCUACGGAGCCUCCAUCUCCAAUCUCUUCCUGAACGACACUUCUGGAGUUGAGCGCGACAUCGUGGGUGGCUUCGACAAUGCUUCCUACUACGGAGUAGAUAAGCAACAUCCUCAUUUCGGCGGCGUCCCAGGUCGAUAUGCGAACCGAAUCAAGAAUUCAAGUUUCGUUAUCGAUGGCGAGACUUACAAUAUCCUCGGCAAUGAGAACAUUACUCCAGAGCAUCCCAAUGGACUUGAUACUCUGCAUGGCGGUCCCGGUGGCUGGGAUUGGCGCAACUGGACUUUGGUUGCCCAUACCCACAACAGCAUCACAUUCAGCCUCACGGAUCCAGAUGGCGACCAAGGCUUCCCCGGUGAGGUUGUCAGUUAUGUAACUUACACCCUUGGCAACAUGACUUGGGAUUUGAGGAUGGUGGCUAUUGCUACGACAAAAGUCACGCCCAUUAUGCUGUCUUCUCAUACUUACUGGAACCUUGACGGCUUCGCCAAUAACGAGACAGCCACUGCCCUCAACCAUUCCCUCUGGAUGCCCUACGCCGGCCAACGCAUCGACACAGACAACAUUCUCAUUCCCACGGGCGACAUCCUAGCCAACCAGCCCGGUUCUGUCAACGAUUUCUGGUCAUCCCCCAAGCAACUCGGCGCCAACUUCAGCAACCCUGCCAUUGUCGGGAACUGCGGAUACAACUGCACCGGUUAUGAUACGGCGUACGUCAACAACCGCCAAGCUCCCUACGACUGGCGUAACGAGGGCCCCGUGGCUCGAUUGAGGAGCGCAUGGAGUGGUAUUCAACUCGACGUCUACACGGACCAAGAUGCCUUCCAAGUCUACUCGUGCGGCGGACAGAACGGAUCGGUGACUUUGAAGGGCACGCAGGGUCUUCAUGGUGUUGAAGACAGGCCGAGAUUUAUCGAGCAGUACGGAUGUGUAGUGCUGGAGGUCGAGGAUUAUAUUGAUGGUAUCAACCAGCCAGAGUGGGGUCGUGACAAGAAGCAGAUCUUUGGCCCUGGUGAUGAUCCAUUCGUGUUGCAGGCGAGCUAUAAGUUCAGUCUGAAUGACACUGAGGUUGGAUUGCUGGGAGAGGGUUCUGGCUAG